CCUUGCAUUUCUAAGCAACGAAAACACUGGAUACUGCCCUGAGGCGAUUUCUGUCGCAUUAUAUUGCUCGCAAAACCUCUACUUCUUCUUUCCAGAAACCACUACGUUCCACUUCCCUUUCCCAUCCGUUUUUCACCAGAGCCCACCCACAAUCACCGUCGACACGCGCGCCAAAACAAUGGCUGUCCCAAACCCCAACCAGCUACACAACGACGAUGUCGAGGAUGUCCAUGAGGUUGACGAGAUGUUGGACGAAGAGGAGGCUGAGGAAGUGAUACUUGACGACGGUGACGUCCCCAUGGACUCUGACGACGAAGAAGACGAGGCGGGGCGCGAUGUGCAAAUGGAGAUACAGCUGCAGAACGACUCAAUGGCACAUUUCGACGGACACAAGGACAGUAUCUUCUGCAUAACACAACAUCCCGUCCACCCAGGGAUCGUGGCGACAGGAGGAGGCGACGAUGUGGGCUACAUAUUCGACACAUCAGCAGUACAGGAGGGGCAGACACAAGGACAAGAGCGAGAAGGCAUUCAAAGCUUGAUGAAGCUAGAUGGGCAUACCGACUCGAUCAAUGCUGUUGUUUUCUCAGAGCCCAAGGGACAGUUCGUUGCGACCGCUGGCUUAGAUGGCAAGUUGCGCGUGUGGCAGGGUGUUCCGGACGGCACGAAAUGGAAGUUCCUUGCUGAGGCACAAGAGGUGGAAGAGAUCAACUGGAUUGCUUCAAACCCUUCACCGGAACACCCGAACGUUGUUGCGCUCGGUGCCAACGAUGGUAGCGUGUGGGUGUACCAGCUUAGUACAGACAAGGGCAGCGAACUACAAGUUCUGCAAGCAUACUACACACAUACAGAAUCAUGCACAGCAGGGUCUUGGAACAGCGACGGCACUCUCCUAGCCACCGUGUCCGAAGACUCGAGUCUCUACGUGUGGGAUGUAUUCGGCGAUGCUGCAGCACAAGGUCUUACAUCCACCUCUAACUCACAGGCCGUGGUCGGCCUCACAGGACUCGAUGAGCGGUUCCGCGUUGAAGGUGGUCUCUACACUGUCGCCAUCGCCCCUUCAGGUACUUUCGUAGCUGUCGGCGGACCCGAAGGUCAACUCCGCAUUGUCGGACUUCCUCGUAUCUCAGUCGCCCAACCCUCUACCUCAUCUGGCGGCCAAGGCGCAAAAGCAAAAUCAGGCGGCUCAAAACAAGCACCAGUCAAGGGCGGCGCAGCCUCAGCAGGACAAUCUGGUCAGAUCUUAGCCAGUCUUCAAGCCGGCACCGACAAUGUCGAGACCCUUACCUUCUCCAGCGCACCUCUCACCCUCCUUGCCGCCGGCAAUGUCGACGGCAGCAUCACGCUCUUCGACACCGCACACCGCUUUGCCGUGCGGAGACGCAUUGAAGAGGCGCACGCAGAUGAAGAAGCGCCACAGGCUGUCGUUAAGGUGGAAUUUUUGCGUAAGGAAGGUGCCGGUUCAUGGCUGUUGACGACUGCUGGAUACGACGGCGUCCUUCGAAGAUGGGAUGCUCGGGGUGGAACUGCGGCGGCCGCGCGAGGCCUGUUAGGCGAGUGGAAGGGACACCGAGGUGGUGGCGAGGGUGGUGGCAUCAUGGGUUUUGUGCAGGGAGGCGACGGCUCGAAAGUUGUCACUGCUGGUGAUGAUGGUGUUGCAUUGGUUUUUGCGACGCCCGUUUAG